AUGGCCUGCAAUCCCGCGGUGGUGUCGUUCCUGACCAACAUCACGAAGGCAGCAGCGGGGCUCGGUGCCGCAACCUCCCUCCUCUCCCCAUCCCUCUACACUGUCGAUGGCAGCGAGCACACUGUCAUCUUCGACCGCUUCCUGGGGUGCCUCUCGGAGACCGUCAGCGAGGGAACCCCCCUUCCUCAUGCUGUGGCUCCAGAACCCCUUCAUCUUCGAUAUCCCCAUGACCUACAGAAGGUCGACCAUCUUCACCUCCCUCGGCCUCAAGGAAGGAUGGAGCUGUUCAGGACGCACGUUUACCCCAUGAACAAAUACCUGACGUUGCAGAUGAUGAGCUCGGCCAAGGGCAUGGUCUGUGAGGACAUCUUCAAGAGCCCGGACGCAGCAGAUUGUGAUUUUAGAGGUGGAGCAGGUGCCACCAUUGAUGAAGCAACUCGCAACAAACCUGGAAAGGAAAUUGCAGAACCCCGUUCGCCGAAGUUUGAAUCUGAUGGUGAUGGUGAUGCUUCUGAAGAUUCAGAUCAUAUUGAUGAGAAUAGCACACAAAAUAUGAGUGAAGCACCUUCAGUUAGACAUAGGACUGCUGGGAAACUUUGA